CGGGCUGUGGAGUGAGGAGCACACCGGAAGUGCGGGUCAUGUGAGGCUGGAGGUCAUUGUCAUGGCGGCCCGGUGUACCACGCUCUUUUUCCGGGUGUUCCCGAGGGAAAUAUCCCUGGGGGCCCCGAACUGCUGCAGGGUUGUUGGUGUUUCAGGUGGCAAAUGGCGUGGGGGUGUCUGUUCUGGUCGGUUCCUGAGUUCUCUUCCUCCUCCUCCUCCAGGAUACAAGGAGAAGACGUCAAAACCAGGGCCAGUGUCCUGGAAGUCUUUGGCGAUCACCGCAGUGGUGGGCGGAGCUCUGAUGGCCGGCAUGAAAUACGUAAAAAAGGAGAAAGAGGAAAAGAUUGAGCGGGAAAAGACCCGCUCGCUGGGGAAGCCAUUACUGGGCGGACCGUUCUCUUUGAUCGAUCACAACGGCCUCCCUAAGACGGAUCAGCACUUCCUGGGUCAGUGGAUUCUGCUCUACUUCGGCUUCACCCACUGUCCUGACAUCUGCCCCGAAGAGAUCGAGAAGAUGAUCGAAGUCGUGGACCAGAUCGAUGACCUUAAAGAAAUUCCCAACCUCAUUCCUGUCUUCAUCACCGUGGACCCUGAACGGGACGAUAAAGACGCAGUGGCGAAGUAUAUUAAAGAGUUCUCCCCAAAGCUGGUGGGGCUGACCGGCACCACGGAGCAGAUCGAACAAGUGGCCAAGGCGUACAGGGUGUACUUCAGUCCGGGGCCCAAGGAUGACGACAGCGACUACAUUGUGGACCAUACCAUUGUCAUGUAUCUGGUGGCACCGGACGGCGGCUUUGUGGAUUAUUACGGACAGAAUAAGACAAGUACAGAAAUCACGGCCUCUAUAGCUCUUCAUAUGAAGCGAUUCCUCCAGGCGACAUGACUCCGACCCCCAUCCUCCACCCUCACCGAAUACUCCUCCUAAGGUGGCGGCAGAUUGUUUACAAUAUGAUCAUUGCUUUUUAUUACGUAUAUUAUUAAUGGGGACUGUAAAUUAUAUAUCUGAAUAAACACAAAUGAGCCACGGAUUUCAUUGUCA